AUGUCCAUUACUGUCCAUUUAAAGAAGAUUUCUAACUUGCCAGGGAAAUAUGACCGGAAGGUGGAAUUGUCUUUCAGGGGUUUUACACAUAAAACCAAGAUUCUUCAGUGUGAAAAUAUAGCCAUCUUCAAUGAGCACUUCAGAUGGCCACACUAUGGGAAGAUUGUCAAAGAUGAGGUGCUGUCAGUCAGUGUCUACAACUACAGCAAAAUGUUCAGCAACAGGCUGCUCGGCAGACUUGUGAUCAGUCUGCAGCACGUGGUGACGGCAGGGAGGCUGGUCCUCCGGGAGCCGCUCACAGACAGCAACUUCAGCCUGACUGACAUAUACAUAGAGUUGGAUGUGAGAUACCAGCCUGUGCAAGGUGCUGUUGGGACCUGGGACAGUGAAGACUUCCUCAGUGUAGAAGACAAUGAUGAUUCAGGGCUGGUCAUAAGGAACCCAAGCUUUGCUGAACCAGGUUCCAAACAGACUACGCGGCCGCAGCAACUAGACCGAGAGACGAGAAUGAUUGGUCGUAGUCUGCUUAGGACUGCUGGUGGAGAUGAUGAUGAAGAAGAUGAGGAUGAUGAUUAUGAAGACGAUUAUGACAUGGCAGAUAUGGAAUAUGCCAACAUGACGUUCACCCCUAUCUUAAGUCGCUGCAGGGCUUUAUCAAAGCAUGAGCUCGCUGCCGCACCCAAAGUGCAGAGUUUCCAGGUUAAUGUCAAUGUGCUGGAGGCCCAGAAGCUGGUGGGAGUCAACAUCAACCCAGCUGUUUAUGUGACAGUAGGAGGCGAAAAGAGACACACAGCCACACAGAAAUCCACCAAUUGUCCCUUUUACAAUGAGAACUUCAUGUUUGAAUUCCAGGAGACACAAGAUGUGCUCUUUGAUAAAGUCAUUGAAAUUUCUGUUGUUCACAAAAAAACACUGGCUUUUUUGAUGACCCGUAUUGGUACCUUCAAGAUAGACAUCAGCACUGUCUACCACCAGCCAGAUCAUAGAUUCUAUCAGAAAUGGGCUCCACUGACUGACCCCAAAGACACCCGCACAGGGGUGAAAGGUUAUGUGAAGUGUACGUUGAGUGUGGUAAUGAAGGGGGAUGCUAUGGGUAUGGCUAGUCUGCCACCUGCCAGUAGCCAGAAUGAUGACAUUGAAAAGAAUCUUCUCCUACCCAAGAGAAUGCCUGUUGAGAGGCCUUGGGCUAAGUUCCUGAUUAAGAUCUACCGUGCAGAAGGCCUGCCCAGCAUGAGUGCUGGCUUCCUGGGGAGUUUCUCCAAGAUGAUGGGGGACAAAAAGAUCUUCAUUGACCCCUAUGUGCAAGUCACGUUUGCUGGCCAGCAGGGUGAGACAUCAGUAAUAAGCAACAGCAAUGUCCCUGAAUGGAAUGAACAGAUCUCUUUCAUUGAGCAGUUCCCUCCUCUCGCUCGCCGUAUUAAAGUUCAGAUCCUGGAUGAUGCCAAUAUCGGUGAUGUGGCUGUGGCCACACACUUUUUGGACCUCCAGCAAAUUUCUAACCCCAACAGAAACGGCUUUCAUCCGACCUUUGGGCCAUCCUGGAUCAACUUGUAUGGCUCGCCCCAGAACUCAGCCCUGAGGGACAUUCAUCGGGAUUUGAAUGAGGGGCUAAGUGAGGGAAUCUUCUACAGGGGCAGGCUGCUUCUCUCUUUGAGUGUGGAGGUCUACUCUUCCCCUGUUGCUGCGGUGGAGAGUAAAGCCACUGAUAAUGUCAAGAGCGCACUGAGCAAGUUCAGCAUCAAACGCAAGAGCAAGAAGUCAAAGGAGAAGAAGAAGAAAAGCAAUGAAGUUGCCCAAGGUCGCAGUGGGCCCAGUGAAGAACCAGAGGACUCCAGCUCAGAGGUUCCAGGUGCUGUCACUGUUGAAGUGGAGGAGAUUCAUCCUUUACCUGAGAAUUUUGCUGGGGAGAAAGAGGAAUUCUUGCUCUUUGCAUCUCUCUUUGAAGCGACGAUGAUAGACCCAUCCAUUGGCAACAAACUAGUUACUUUUGAGCUGUCCAUUGGGAACUAUGGCAAGGCAGCAGACGUGGUAGUGAAGUCUAAGAAGGGUGCUGGACAGGGGGAGCUUGGUGAGGACAGACAGGCACUGUUAGAGUCCUCAGAGGACGAGCUGGAGAGAGAGGACCUCCUGACAGCAGGCACUGAAGGCAAAUCUGUCACAGCACCCAGGGCACCACAGGCAACAGAAUAUGAUAGAUCAUUCAACUGCAUUCCCUUAUUCCGUGAGAAGCCCUGUAUCUAUGUCUGGAACUACUUUGAGGACCACAGUUUUCGACUUUGCAACUGUAACUGGCUUUCCAAGAUGGCUGAUAGGCUGGAGUAUGGUAUUGAUGAAGUUGAAAAAUUGCUGAAGAGACCCAAAAGCAAUGCCAAGGAACGCUUUACAGAGGUCCUGCUGGAAUUUGUUGCCAGCUGCAAACAGUACAGCUCAAACACUGACAGGAAGAAGCACAUCCGACCAAACAACCUGGACAAGUGUCGCAUGCAGUUCAUAAAGAGAAACAUAAUCCUGUUGGCCAAGCAAGCUCUGAGAGUGAGACGAAGAGUCACCAGACGCACAGUCAAAGAGAAAGUGGGAGAGGCUAAGAGAAUUCUUAAGAGAACACGAUUCCUGGCCAAAGAGCCUCAGAGCACCUUGCCAGAUGUAUUUCUAUGGAUGAUGAGUGGGGGUAGACGGGUAGCGUAUGCCAGAAUUCCGGCACAUUCCAUCCUCUUCUCACUAGUGGAAGAGGAAAAGGGCAAAGACUGUGGCAAACUCACGACCGUUUACAUGAAGACCCCAGGAGGACUUCUGGGGGAGAUCUUUGCCAAACUUGAAGUCUACCUCUGGCUUGGCAUUACCAAGUAUGCUAAAAACUGUGUCACCAGCCUGCCAGCAGAAUUCAGACCACUGCAUGAGGAGGCAACAACCACUGCAGUCAUCCCAACAAGCGUGCCUCCAGUCAAGCUACAGGUGGAAGACAGACGUUACUUCCAGCUGCGAGCUCAUAUCUAUCAGGCGCGUGGCAUCGUAGCCGCAGAUGAUAACGGACUCUCAGACCCAUUUGUCAAAGUGGUGUUCUCCACACAAUGCCAGGUUACACGGGUAAUGGAGGAAACAUUGUCACCCACCUGGUGUGAGUUACUGCUGUAUGAGCAGAUCCUCAUGGAAGGAAGCAAGGAUGAUUUCAAAGAUGACCCACCUAUUGUCAUUAUCAACAUCUAUGACUACAACAGACUGGGAAGUCCACAGUCUCUAGGGCGUGCAUUUGCUGAGCCAGAACUCAAAUUUGUAGAGGAGCCUUACAAGAAGCCUACGCUGAAGUUUUUUGAUAUCAUCAAAGGCAAAAUCAAUGCAGGGGAGCUCCUCGCUGCCUUUGAGUUAAUUGAACUGGAUUACUCUGGUUUUGGAGAGCCAUGCCUCCCUGCUGAUGUCGACCCCAGGGAGCCUCCAUACAUGUCUGAGGAGAGGCGCUACAUCAUCCCGGAUGGUGUUCGACCCAUAAUGAGGAAAUUCAGAAUUGAGGUGUUGUACUGGGGUGUGCGGGAUCUGAGGAGGGUGAACCUUUUUGAGGUGGAGAAGCCACAGGUGAAAAUGGAAUGUGCUGGACAGAUGAUCGAGUCAGAAGAAAUUGAAAGCUAUAAGCAGAACCCCAAUUUCCUCAAGAUUGUCAAACAUUUUGAUGUGGACCUUCCAGAACUGGUGUAUCUACACCCUCCUCUCACGAUUUUCGUGAUGGAACAGCGUGCGUUUGGGAGGCUUGUACUGGUGGGUACACAUGUGGUGCAGAACCUUAUGCAGUUUGCACCAAAAGACCUGGAGGAGUGGAAAGAGGAGGAGGAGGAGCCCGAAGUCCAGGAGAGACCACCAAAAAAGACAACUCCCCUUCACACAGUAAUGACAAUGGAUCUUGGAGGACUUCCCUUAAAAGAUACAAAAAUUCCCAUCAACCCAAUUAACCUGGUUGCAGGUCCACUGAAAAAGCAGAGGAAGAAGGAGGAGGAGCUGGAGGAAGAGGAGCCAGAAAAGGAGGAGCUUGAUUGGUGGUCCAAAUAUUAUGCGUCUUUGGCGGAGCUUGAAAAAUAUGAGGAGAAGGAGGACGAGCUAGAUGACCCACAGGAUGCUGAGGGAGGAAACCUCAACAUUGGUAAUAUAGAGGCAGAGGAUGAAGAUGCUGUUGUGGUCGAAAUAGAACCACCUAAACCAAAAAGAAAAAAGAUUGCCACUCUACAGCUCUACAAGUCUGAGCUGGAAAAUGAAUUUUCUGAGUUCAUGGAUUGGCUGCGUACAUUCCCUAUCUACAAAGGCAAAUCCAAUGAUGAUGAGGAUGAUGAUGACAGUGAGAGAACCAUGGGUAAAUACAAGGGCUCCUUUUUAAUUUACCCCAUCUCACCCGAAGACGAGGAUGCCGAGUGCCAGAUCACCAAUGGGAUCCCCAAAAACACACCCAUUAAAGUUCUGGUCAGGGUGUAUGUUGUGAAGGCCACGAACCUGGCUCCCACAGACCCCAAUGGAAAGGCAGAUCCUUAUGUGGUGGUGAAGGCUGGCCAGCAGCAAAUGGACAGCAAGGAGCGUUACAUACCCAAACAGCUCAACCCAGUGUUUGGAGAAGUGUUCGAGUUGACCGUGUCCUUCCCUCUGGAGACAGAGCUCACGCUCAUGGUAUUUGACCAUGACAUAGUGGGCUUAGAUGACUUGAUCGGGGAGACACGGGUGGACCUAGAAAACCGCUUCUACAGUCGCCACCGCGCUGGAUGUGGCCUUGCCCUGUACUAUGACAAGGAUGGCUACAAUAAGUGGAGAGAUGCAAAGAAACCCACUGCUAUCUUGGCUGAGCUUUGUCGCAAGAAUGGAAUUCCUUCUCCAGAAUACAGGGAGACUGAGGUUAAAGUUCUCAACAAGAUCUUCAAAAUUCCCAAUGAAGCUUUUCCUGAAGAAUUGCUGAAGAAGAACAAUAAGACAGAAGAGGACUAUGAAGAACUGGAUCAGCACAGGGCUCUGAGCGUGCUGAGGCGCUGGGGUGAGAUGAGAGAGUUCAGUGAAGGUGCCUGUCCCCUGGUGCCUGAACAUGUGGAGGUUCGGUGCCUGCAUGACCCUGACAAACCAGGCCUUCCCCAGGGUUAUGUUCACAUGUGGAUUGACAUGUUUACUGUGGAUGUUCCAGCACCACCUCCUGUCAACAUCAAACCCAGACUCCCCAUAAGUUAUGAGUUACGGGUGAUCAUCUGGAACACAGAUGAUGUCGUGCUGGAUGACGUCAAUCCCUUCACUGGAGAGCCAUCCAGUGACAUCUAUGUGAAAGGAUGGAUCAAAGGUUUGGAGCAUGACAAACAGGAGACAGACGUUCACUUUAACUCUCUGACAGGAGAGGGAAACUUCAACUGGCGCUUUAUUUUCCGCUUUGACUACUUGCCCACAGAGAAGGAGAUCAUUUAUAAAAGAAAAGAGACAAUCUUCUCGCUGGAGGAGUCCGAGUUCCGCCAGCCCGCCGUCCUGGUGCUGCAGGUCUGGGACUAUGAUCGCAUUGCUGCCAAUGACUUCCUUGGUUCCAUAGAAUUGCGUCUGAGCGACAUGGUUCGCGCGGCAAAAUCAUCAGAGCAGUGCAGCAUAAAGAUGGCCAAGGACAAGGCCAGCCCCCGCUUCUCCAUCUUCCGCAGCAAGAGGAUGAAGGGCUGGUGGCCACUCAUCAAACUCAAAAGCCAAGAGGACAUAGAGAGGGAAGCAAGGGAGGCUGAACAGGAAAAGAAGAACAAGAAAAAGAAAAAGAAGAAGAGGAGCAAACGGAGCAAAAUGAAGCCCGAAGAUUUGCAAUUUGUUGACAGCAGUGGAAACACCUUCCUCUUGAUGGGUAAAGUUGAGGCAGAGUUCCAGCUACUGACAGCUGAGGAGGCUGAGAAGAACCCUGUUGGAAAAGCACGCAAGGAACCAGAGCCUCUUGAGAAACCAAAUCGUCCCAAGACAUCCUUCAACUGGUUUGUGAACCCCAUGAAGACCUUUGUCUUCUUCAUCUGGAAGAAAUAUAAAAAGUACAUCAUUGUUUUUAUUAUACUGGCUAUCCUCACCCUGUUUCUCUUCCUUAUACUGUACACCCUCCCUACACACAUCAGUCAGCUCAUUGUAAAUGGCUGA